GGGGCGGGGCGGGGCGGAGCGGCCAUGGCGGCGGCGGUGCUGCUGGCGGCUCUGCUGGCUGUCGCCGUCGUCGCGUGGGUUUUGUUUCCUCCGAGCGAGCCGCGCCGUCCCCCCUGCAUCGGGAGCCGCGUGCCCUGCCUGGGGGCCGCCUUCCGCCUCGCGAGAGCGCCGCUGGAGUUCAUCGAGCGAGCCCGGGCUGAGCAUGGGCCCAUCUUCACUGUGUUUGCCCUGGGGAAGCGAUUUACGUUUGUGACUGAAGAUGAAGGAGCUGAAGUGUUUUUUACAUCAAAGGACCUCAAUUUUGAGCAGGCAGUACAGCGAGUUGUUGCGAAUGCAGUCUCUGUUCCCGCAGAGGCCUUCUAUCAGAAUCAUGGCAGGCUGUACAGCAUGAUGAAGGGGAAGAUGGGUCCCUCCAAUCUGCACAUGUUCACGGGCACACUGUGUAAGGAGCUGCACGAGCACAUGGCACACCUGGGCACCGAGGGCACGGGAGACCUCAUGGAGCUGGUGAGGCACAUCAUGUAUCCAGCAGUGGUGAACACUUUGUUUGGGAAAGGCGCCUGCCCGACCAGCCACAGCGAACUCAGGGAGUUUGAAGAACACUUUUGGAAGUACGACGAAGACUUUGAAUAUGCUUCUCAGAUGCCAGAGUGCUUCCUGAGGAACUGGUCUAAAUCCAAAAAAUGGCUUCUAAAAUUAUUUGAGAAAGUAGUGUCAGAUGCUGAAAGAACCAAUCCUUCGGAGACCACGUCCAAGACACUACUUCAGCACCUCCUGGAUAACCUGCAAGGAAAACAUCUGGCUCCCAACUACGGUCUCCUGAUGCUCUGGGCCUCCCAGGCAAAUGCUGUCCCUAUUGCAUUCUGGACCCUUGUUUUCAUACUCUCUUCUCCUUCCGUUUACAAGAAAGUCAUGGAAGACCUGACUUCUGUUUUUGGCAACACAGGUAAGGAUGAAAUAGAAGUCUCAGAAGAGGACUUGAAGAACCUUCCUUAUAUUAAAUGGUGCACUUUGGAAGCCAUACGGCUGAGGUCUCCAGGUGCAAUCACCAAGAAAGUAAUAAAGCCAAUAAGAAUUCAGAGCUUCACCAUCCCUGCAGGUGACAUGCUGAUGUUGUCUCCCUAUUGGCUGCACAGGAAUCCGAAAUAUUUCCCCGACCCAGAAAUGUUCAAACCUGAUCGUUGGAAAGAGGCAAAUUUAGAGAAGAAUGCUUUCUUGGACGGCUUUGUGGCAUUUGGAGGAGGGAACCAUCAGUGUCCAGGAAGAUGGUUUGCUAUCAUGGAAAUCCAGCUGUUGGUUGCGCUGUUCCUGUACAAAUACGAAUUCGUGCUUUUGGAUGCAGUACCAAAGGAGAGCCCUUUGCAUUUGGUGGGGACACAGCAACCCCUGACACCAUUUCGGGUCCAGUAUAAAGGCUGGGAAUGAAAGGAGCCCACUGCUAACUUACCUUUCUUUGCCUGGAUGAACGGACCGCUGAGCUGCUUCUGUGCUCUGAGUAUUCAAACAAGUUCUCUGCUGUUACAGUUCUUAAUUCCAACUUUGAAUUCUGUACAUACUCUGCGUUGCAGUAUGCUAUGACAGCGCAGCCUUAUCUAUGGUCUUCCUGAUUGCCUACCUCCUAGUACUGAAAAAUCAAGCUCUCCUGCCAAAUUAGUCACAGUCUAAUGAUAUGCUAAACUCACCAACCACACAUUCAGGACAAAAAACUGCUAUGUCUGAAAAUCCUGCAUGGAAGUGUUGCCAGAGGCAGCAGAAAAGCAGGUUGCUAAUUCCUGCAGAUGUUUUCAAGCCAAGGCCAAAGCUGCAAGCAUGAGAAACAGUUGGGGUGCUGUUCCACUGGAGCACCUUCCAUUUCUGCUGGGUUUGAUUUGCUCUGAACUGAUCCUGGCAUGAAUACACAGUGAAAGCUUGGUGGUGGUGGUUGGCCCCAGUGCAGAGUGAUUGCAAGAAAAGCCAUUGCUGUUCAUUAGUUUGGUGGUCUAGAAUUGAAAACCUUCUUACUUCUUAACAUGAUUGACAGAACACGUUAAUAAAUCUAAAACUAUUCAGUUCUAUGAAAAGUAUCUAGUAAACGUUGCUCAAGGAAACUCUCAAUUAAGUAAGUUCAGAUACCAACACUUUAACCGCUGUCAGAUUUCAUAUACAAUAAUAGCAGGCAUGCAUUUUUAGUCUUCUAAGUAAAGGUUAUUCAUCAUUUUAUAAGUGCUUGCAAAAAAACCACAAAUGGCCUUUUGGCAAUGGUAGAAACUAUGGGAAUAAUAUCCGUAGGAAAUUAAUGCAUGGUAUAAUUCAUUAAAUGGUUGGAUUAUCUCA